CAAACAAUGAACAACGCAUCGCCCCCUCUCUGCUAUGAAACGUCUUUUCUCUAGCCACAGUAUCCGCUGCUUGUAUCCUUGCCAUCCAAGGUAAGCUCGUUUAAUCAGCCAUGAUCCAUCGCCUUCAAUGCUAGGAACAAAAGUCCAAUUGCUGGGCCAGUGCCACAAUCCAUGGCACUGCGCCACACCCUCAAUAUCUGAAAACACGUCAUCCGCCCCCUUCCUCGCCCACGCCGCAGCCCGUGUUGCGCGUUCCCUUCCAGGCCGUUGAAAGACUGGAAAGUGUGUUCGCCUUCUUCAUGGGGAGGCGCAAUAUUAAAGUUCAGAGACAGAUCAGUGAUGCGCGCCUAUGUUGUCAAACGUGAUCCAAAGAACCUUCUUCCUUUUUUACUUCAUGCCUGUAAACCUCUAAGAAUUCUCGAAAACUUGGAAGAUCUUCUCUGAAACACGUUGCAUCUGCAUCGCCAAGAGAACAUCGUCUUCACCAAGAUGGACACCACGCAGGAACGGGAGCGUCACACGACGAGCUCCAUUGCGGAGCAAGAGCUCUUCUUUGGCUCAUCGCCAUCAGGCCAAGGCCAGCCUCAGUCUGGGCGGCAGCAGCAGCAGCAAUAUCAGCCCCGAUGGCACGAUGACGCCCAAGACGACUCACCCGUCGAACCAAGGAGCGGAGUUCCGGCUGUGAAUGUCAUUCCGGCUACGCCCUCUACCCUUCGUUCAAACAGUGUACGCUCAAAUCUCUCUUGGCGGGAUAGGGAUGCCGAGAGGCAGGCGGCGGCGGCCGGCGCGCUGCCCGAAGUUGAGGAGGAAGAUAACAUUUACGAUCCGCCGAGCACUCAUAGACCGGCAACACCGCCCACCCAGUCCAAGGUUUCUGCUCACCACACGGCGUCAACCUUUGACUCGCCGACUCAGACGAAAGUGGAUGAGGAUUAUAAUGUAUCGCCCAUGACCGAGCCUGCUAUUUUACACAACGACACGGGAUUCUCUCAUGCAGACUCAGUUGACACUGCGGACGCUGAACGGUACUACGAUGCGUCAUACUCUCCUCAAAAUGAGCACCCUUCUUCAUUUGAUAAAGGAAAAGCCGUUGAGACGCAUCCGGAGCCCGCGGUACUUUAUCACAACACUGAGCACUCAAACACCAAUGAGCACCGUUCAUCGAUCGACAAGGGCAAAGCCGCAGAGGCGUACCCGGAGUAUGAAGAACGGCCGCCCGCACCAAAUCCCAGGCCAGUAUCAGAAGUUCCCGACUUUUACGCUCAAGAACAUGGUGGCUACGGUAGAGAUCAUGCGGUCCAGGAGCAAGAAGACCGCGACUAUGCAAUGGCCUUAGCACUUCAGGAAGAGGAAGAAGGCCAGUCACCGCCCCUUCCACAACGACACACCCAACCAGCAUGGAACAUUAACGGACCCCUCUCCUCCAAUCCCUUCUCAUCACCCGAAGAUCAGGACCGCGCCCUCGCUGAGCGUCUCCAAGAAGAAGAAGAAAACGGGCCCCCGCCCCCCUUACCAGCCCGCCCUCACCCCAAAGCCGUGGCAGAACUCCUCUCUCAGAGUCAGGAACCUCCUCCAUUCUCAAGGACGCCCUCCAUAGAAGGCAUCAUGCCGCCUCCAAAGCGUCAGGGCUCCGACUUUGGCAACGACGACCCUUCAAACCCGAUUCACUACAGCCGAGACCCCCACAAGCUCAUCACCUACCUCGUUCCCUUCCCCAAGCCCUGGCUGGGCUCCAAGGCGCCGUCUGACGCCAUCCCCACCCGCUUCCUCAUCUACACACCCCCGCCUCCGCCUCUCCAGGCGCCGCCUGAGGGCGUGAAGGAGGGCGUUACCCACAAGGUGCAGCGGAAGUGGCAGACUGAGGUCAGACAGGCCAAGAUGAGCGACGCAAAGACGACCAGCUGGGCGGGAUUCAAAGCCAAGUGUACGCGCGGGGUGGAUAAGGCUAUGCAAUAUACCACCACAAGUAACUUGGAUUACUUAGCUCGCGUUACGCCUCCGGCGAAGCCACCCUCAGCGAUAUCGCGCAAGCUUUCAUUGAAGGGGAGGAUGAAGAAGGACAAGAAGGACAAGAGCGCUUCAGGGGAUGAGAAGGAGACCAAGAAGAGCCUCGAUGAGAAGAAGCGUGAGAGUUCCGACGUCAAGGGGGACGAUGCAGAAAAGCUCCUUCACGAUGACGAAAAGAAGUCCUCCGAGGACAAGGAUCUCGAUGAGAGGGUGAGGGAUGAGAAGUUGGCCGAGGAGAAGGGCGACAGGGAGGAAGAAGAUUACUUCAAGUCGCAGCAAGUCGACAAGGAUGAGCAGGACGAGCUCAUAGAGGAUGACCCGGCUCACACGUCUCAUGAGACCAAGAAGACGGUCGGCGUAGAGGAGAUUGUAUUUGUGUACUCACCCUCGAUGAACAUGACCCCCGAGGCCAUGAGGGAGGAAUUCGUCAACUCGAUGAUGCGAACGAAGUCCAAGGCACAGCGCGACGCCGUCAUCGCGACUGGUCUGCUUCCUGUUUCGCUGGCUAUUGACUUGGUUAUGAUUGCCGUCUCUGGGCUCUUUGAGGUCAACGCUGUAUGGGCAUACUUCACGAUCAAGGGCUCCAAGACGGCGCGCUCUGUCACCAAGCGUAUUACUUCCUCCUCCAAGAAACCCGAGUCCAUCGACCCCGAAAAAUCAGAGGCCGAGUUGGCCAAGGAGGACAAGCUCCAUCUCAGUUUCAAGCCGGCUAAUCGCAUCGACGUCUUGACGCGAUACCUGGAGGCUGAGUGUCACCGCGUGGAUUCGAGAUUGUUCCCCCGAUACACGUCUGCACCCACAGAAGUGGAAUGCCUAGAGGCGAUCGGCUGGUCUCCCGCUCUUACACGCGGUCAGAAGAACUGGGAAGACGAAGCGUGGGAGGUGAACGAUGUCAAGGAGGAUCUGAAGGUCGUGAUGCACAAGGCCGCGAAGGAGUGGCGGAAGUGGUGUAAUCGGUACGAGAAGAACCCGGAGAAGAGCUUGACCAAGUGAGAGCAUGCGUUUGAUUUAGAAGCGCUGCAUGAUUUGGAGCAAAUACACGACAUUCAUUGUCUCUUCUGAGCUGGAGGUUUCAUGAUUCCUCUAGUUCGAGAUUAUCCACAUCUUGACUGCCCCCACCACGAGACAGGCCUCGCCCUGCCAUGACUUCGAGAGAUUGACCCACAGUGAAAUUUUCAUGUGAACCCCAUCGUGCACUCAGAACUCCGCUUCCUAGCCUGCGAGGUAAGAGUCCCAUCUCGAGGCAAAUUAGCAACAAAUAAUCCGAUAUGGUGUAGUGGCCAA